AUGUCAAUGGGGAAUCUGGUGGUGCUUGGCCUUUCUCUGAUUCAGGCAAUGCAGGACAUUUGGACGGCAGUGAGUGGACGUGAGGUGGAAAAUCCUCGCUUUGGUGUGACCACAUUCUUUGUCAUUGCUGCUUUCUUUCAGCUGUUCUGGGGCCUCGACAUUCUGAUCAUUCAGGACAAGCUUGCACCCGCAGUGGUGUGGGCGGCAGGCAUGGUAUCAGAGAGCUUGGGGAAGAGGCUUUUGGACUGGAUCAAUCCAAUGCACGAGAAAGCUGUAGCACUUCUGAGAGCAGAAGAAGACUCGCACGAGACUGGGGAUGGACUUGAAAAGGAGGAGAAAGAACAUCCAGGGCCACAAGCCGAAGGUUUACCAAAUAGAACCUGGAUACCUGGCAAAAAAAUCGUGAACUUCUUGACGUAUGCCGCAACCUACACACUGCCUUCAGUGCUUCCUUUCGUGGCCUCGGCAUAUCCAGGAAAGUCUCAGCAGUGUCAUUUGCUGCUGAACAUGAUGAUCUUGCAGUCUAUUGGUGAUGUGAGCGGCCGCAUGCUUGCACCUACCUCCAAGAGCGGACCGCUACAGAAGAAAUUACCACUUCUUGGUGGAAUUGUGCUGCCAACUUGCUUUGCUUGCCUUGUGCUGGCAGCAGUGGCCGCUUGGCACCGUGGCAAGCUGAGAACAAAGGCUUUCUUUCAAGAUGAGAGAG